AUGGAUCCGCGUGUUUAUCCGGAUGAAGAGAUGAGGAUAUCUUCGUCCGUCUUCUUCACUCCAGCAAGAUCUUUCUGUGACAUCGAUCGGUUUGAUUUAGCCAUGUUGGUUGUGCAUGAGGAUUGCAAGCUAAAAUUAUUGGCACUGAAGGAGCAACAAAUAUAUCGUUUCAUUGUCUACAAAAUUGAGGACAUGCAAGUGAUUGUAGAGAAUCUCGGUGAACGUGAACAAUCAUAUGAUGAUUUUAGAGCAAGUCUUCCAGCUGAUGACUGUCGAUAUGCCAUUUUUGAUUUCGACUAUGCCGCAGAGGGGAGAAAGACUUGCUUCAUCGCGUGGUCUCCGGUUAUUGCCCGGCUGAGAAACAAGAUGAUUUACGCGAGCAAUAAGGAUAGGUUCACGAGAGAACUAGAUGGAAUUCAAAAGGAGUAUCAUGCAACAAUUCCAGCCGAUAUGAGACUUGAUGUUAUUAGACGUCAUAUCUACUACAACAAUGGAGAGAUUAGGGUCAUAUACUUACAAUCUCGUACAAGAAGAAGCUAA